CCGCUCGCCGGGGCCCUGCGCGCGCGCCCCGGACACACAAAAGCCGGCGGAGGGGCGGCAGCGCGCGCAGGGACCCGCGGCCACGCUCCGCUCCGCACCGCACCGCGCCUGUGGGAUACGUACAACGCACGUGCUGACACCGCUCCGCUCCGCGCGUCGCUUUUGGGAUUUUUUUUUCCCUUCUUUUGGCUUUUUUUUUUCCCCUUUUUUCCUCUUUUUUUUUUUUCACUGCUUUUUUUUGUCUCGCAGCCGAAGGGGAACCGAGAGCGCGGAGCCGGCGCCCGUCCCCUCCCCUCCCCGCCUCCCCUCGCGGCAUCCCCGCGCCGGGGCACUCCCCUCCGCUCCCGCCUCGUACGGUGGAGGCUCCGCGGGACGCGGCCGAGCGCUGCCCCGGGCUGUCCCCGGCCCGCUGCCCCGCCGCUCCCCGCCCGGCCCCGCGUUGGCAGCCGAUGUAGGGCACGGCGGCGGCGCGCCCGAGCCCCAGCGCCGCCACGGGAGCGGCCCCGCUCCGCCGCGGGCGUCGGCGCAGCCCCCGCGGCGCCGUCUAUGCCCGCGCCGCCGCGCUCCCCUCCCCGCCGCCUCCCCCAUGGUGCGGCCCCGCCGCGGAGCCGUCGGCGAUUCCGCUGGGCAGGGCCGCGGGGAAACGGCCGCGCCGGGUGCUGCGGGGCGAGCCUGCGAGGCCGGCGGGUGUGAGAUGAGAUAAAGCCGGCGGCGGAGCGAGGAGCCCCCCGCGGAGGAGGGGGCGGGGGGGCGGGUGGCGGCGGAGAGCGACGCGACCCCCGGCCGCCCGCGUGUCGUAUGUUCAGGUCCAAACGCUCAGGGCUGGUGCGGCGACUUUGGAGGAGCCGCGUCAUUCCGGACAGGGACGGCGGAGAUGGGAGCGCCAGGAGCGGCCACGACCUCGGAGCCACCGGUAGCUUUAAGAUCCCGGAGAAAAACCCCUCGCCGGAGAUCCGCGCGGUAGCGCGCAGCCUGCUGCGGGAGGCGGAGGAGCGGCGGGGCGAGGCGGCGCCCCGCGGGGACCCCAUGGCGGAGCGGCGCGGGGCCCGGCUCCGCGCCCCGCCGCGCCGGGAGGGCGCCGAGGGGCCGAGCCCGCGGCAGGAGAGCGACGGCCGGACGGUGACCUGCUGCCUCUUCAAGGAGCGGGAGCCGGGCGGCCCCCAGCCCGCCGACGCCGGCGACGCGACCCCCGGCCGCGACGGCGCGAGCGGCGGCGGCUCCCCGGAGCGGCGGGGCCGGGAGGCUCGGUCGCGGCUGCUGCUGCUGGAGCAGGAGCUGAAGGCCGUCACCUACUCGCUGCUGAAGCGGCUGAAGGAGCGCUCGCUGGACAGCCUGCUGGAGGCGGUGGAGUCCCGCGGCGGCAUGCCCAGCGGCUGCGUGCUGGUGGCCCGCACCGAGCUGCGCCUGGGGGGCCAGGCUGCUCCCCCACACCUCCUCCUGGGCAAACUGUUCCGCUGGCCCGACCUGCAGCACCCCGCCGAGCUGAAACCCCUCUGCGAGUGCCAGAGCUUCGGCGUGGCCGACGGACCCACGGUCUGCUGCAACCCCUACCACUUCAGCCGCCUCUGUGGGCCAGAGUCUCCACCGCCUCCCUACUCUCGGCUGUCUCCUAACGAUGAGCAAAAGCCACUGGAUCUAUCAGAUUCCACGUUGUCUUACACUGAAACAGAGGCUACAAACUCGCCCAACGUCACGCCCGGAGACUUCUCAGAUGCCAGUACAUCGCCCGAUGCCAAGAGGAGCCACUGGUGCAACGUGGCCUACUGGGAGCACCGGACGCGCGUCGGCCGCCUCUACACAGUGUACGAACAGUCUGUCAGUAUCUUCUACGACCUACCUCAAGGAAACGGCUUCUGCCUGGGCCAGCUCAACCUGGAGAACAGGAGCGAGACUGUGAGAAGGACUCGGAGUAAAAUCGGCUACGGGAUUUUACUGAGCAAGGAGCCGGACGGCGUGUGGGCCUACAACCGCAGCGAGCACCCCAUCUUCGUCAACUCGCCCACGCUGGACGUGCCCAGCUGCAGGACGCUCGUCGUGCGCAAGGUCAUGCCGGGUUACUCCAUCAAGGUGUUCGACUACGAGCGGCCCUGCCUGCUGCGGGACGCCGACGGGCCCUACGACCCCAACAGCGUGAGGAUCAGCUUCGCCAAGGGCUGGGGGCCCUGCUACUCCCGGCAGUUCAUCACCUCCUGUCCCUGCUGGCUGGAGAUCUUACUCAGCAGCAGUCGGUGACGGCCGGCCCUCUGAGGAGAGGAAGAACGGGGAGGGAGGGGGGGAGAGGAAAGGAAACCAGAGAGACACAAGACUAUCCCAAAUAUCAUCUACCUAGAUUUAAUAUAAAGUUUUAUAUAUUAUAUGGAAAUAUAUAUUAUACUUGUAAUUAUGGAGUCAUUUUUACAAUGUAAUUAUUUAUGUACGGUGCAAUGUGUAUAUGGACAGAGCCCAGAAAGAUGCACUUUGGCUUAGAGAAUUCCUCCAAGACAGACCUUUCCUUCCUUUCUUUUUUUUUAAGAAAAAAAAGAAAAAUUAUACAGCAAAAAAUAGGAGCAAAAGCCUCAUUUUGAUGUAUGGUUUUUGGAAAUAUUAAUACCCAGCCAAAAAAAAACCAACCAACCCCAACUAAUCCCAGUCACUCAUUGAUAAUAAAGUAUUCGCAUUA